GCGCGGUCCCGGAGCUCGCGCCACCGUCGCCGCCGCCGCCGCCGCUCGCUAGGCUUCCAGGACCCAGGCCACCGUCAUGCUCUUCCGCUUCGGCGUGGUGGUGCCGCCCGCGGUGGCCGGUGCUCGGCAGGAGCUGCUGCUCGCGGGAUCGCGGCCGGAGCUGGGGCGCUGGGAGCCGCGCGGCGCCGUGCGUCUCCGGCCCGCGGGUACCGCGGCGGGCGCGGCCGCGUUGGCGAUGCAGGAGCCGGGCCUGUGGCUCGCCGAGGUGGAGCUGGCGGCGGACGAGGAGGCGGCCGGCGGGGCGGAGCCGGGCCGCGUAGACACGUUCUGGUACAAGUUCCUGCAGCGCGAGCCGGGAGGCGAGCUGCACUGGGAAGGGAAUGGACCUCACCAUGACCGUUGCUGCACAUACAACGAGAACAACUUGGUGGAUGGUGUUUAUUGUCUCCCAGUAGGACACUGGAUUGAGGCCACUGGGCACACCAAUGAAAUGAAGCACACGACAGACUUCUAUUUUAAUAUUGCGGGCCACCAAGCCAUGCAUUAUUCAAGAAUUCUACCAAAUAUCUGGCUGGGCAGCUGCCCUCGCCAAUUGGAACAUGUGACCAUCAAAUUGAAGCAUGAACUGGGAAUUACAGCUGUCAUGAAUUUCCAGACCGAAUGGGAUAUCAUCCAGAAUUCUUCAGGCUGCAACCGCUACCCGGAACCCAUGACUCCAGACACUAUGAUGAAGCUGUAUAAGGAAGAAGGCUUGGCCUACAUCUGGAUGCCCACUCCAGACAUGAGCACCGAGGGCCGCGUGCAGAUGCUGCCACAGGCUGUGUGUCUCUUGCACGCGCUUCUGGAGAACGGUCACACUGUGUAUGUUCACUGCAACGCUGGGGUGGGCCGCUCCACAGCUGCAAUAUGCGGCUGGCUGCACUACGUGAUUGGCUGGAGUCUGCGCAAGGUGCAGUACUUCAUCAUGGCCAAGAGGCCUGCGGUCUACAUUGAUGAAGAAGCUUUGGCUCAAGCACAACAAGACUUUUUUCAGAAGUUCGGGAAGGUUCAUUCCUCCAUAUGCACUUUGUAGGUGACCAGCAGCGGGAGGGGGGCUAGAAGAAGACCUGGAGACAAAGACCCCAUCUGAACUGAGGGGGACUCUGCCCUGUGUCACCUGGAGAUACCUUCUAUUGUGGCUUGGUUGGGCUUAGGUUUGAAAUAUUUUACAAAGGAAACUGCAUGCCACGUGAGAAAACCUCAAAGCACAGUGGCUAUGCAAUGUAUGCCCGUCGUUGCUGCUGCCGCUGACUGGGGCCUUUGCUUACAGGCUCUGCAUAGGUUGUUAUGGAUUUGUGACUCUUUGGCAUGCAGAAGACAAGAGAGUAGAUGAGUGGAUUUUAUCAUUAACUGUGAAUGUGACACACACACACACUGUAUGAGCAUACAUGCACAAACACAGCUUUUUAGGGAACUGAAUUAUUGUCAUUGCUGGUGGAAAGGAUAAAUACGUAAAUCUGACUAGAACUCAAAAGGCUCCACAUGGUCAUAAAACAAUGGCUUUUUGUAAUUUUCUUUAUCCUUUUUCAUAGUUGUUGACUUCUCUACCCCACCCUCCUAAUGUCCUGUCUUCCCAAUAGGACAGCAGUCAUAGAGUUUGCCCUCUGUUUUUUCUUGUCUUUUUAUUGCUCCCCCCCCCCCCCCCACAGGCAGAGUUUGUACUACUUGUUUAGUAUAAUACACAAAGCUCAGGCUUGAACUCAUGGUAAUCCUCCUGCCUCUGCCUCCUGAGAACUGGGAUUUAAAGGUGUGUGCCUUCCUACUCACUACCAUUUUUCAAUUGAGGUUUGUUGAGUGUAGCUGACUUGCCCAGUCGCAUGGUGAGUAGAAAGGAGAUGAAGCUUGUAAUCCAAUGAAUUUGGCUUUCACUGAAGUUAGGGUUUUUUUGUUUUUGUUUUUGUUUUUUUUUUUUUCAUACUGUCAUGGCUGCAGUGUUGCCUCUCUUGGGGUAACAUUGCUACCCCUGUAGUUGGGAAAUGAAACAGUGUUCUGAUCCAUUGCCAAAGAAUGUAGGAAAACAGUUUUAUUUUGUUUAACCUACUUUAAGCUGUGGCGUGUUUUCUCAAGGCUAAUUUAUCUGAGCCAUAGUUGAAGAGGGGAAGAGCCUGAGGAGAUUGUCCACAGAUUGUUGUACAGCUACAGGCGGAACCUGGUACUCAAUGCAGUAUAACACACAGUUGCUACUCCUCCCAAAUAUGUGCUUAAUUCCAUUAGAUUCCAUCAGAAGUACAAACAUCAGCACAACUUUGGCUCCCAAGAUAUAACAUUUAGAAACAGCUGUGCGCCACCCUCGGGAAGAUAGUGCCCAACCACAACGGAUAUGUUAAAGGCACAGGAGGGGACUUGUCUUUAGUUGAAUGCCACUGUGUACCAGUUGCGUCCCUAUCUUUAAUGCCAUCACUGUUCUCUCUGGGAAACUCAUCAUCCCUGUUCAGAUGAGGAAGUUGAGGCCCAAAGAAUUUAAAGCACAUGUUCAUUUCUGUUGUCAUGGAUGGAGUCCAGGAAAACAGAUGCAAACCUAGGUUUGUCUCUCAAAUCCCAUACUGCCAAAAGUUAACCUAUGAUGUUUAAAUAUGUUUCUCUGCCUUAUUUUAUGAGUGUGUGUUAAUAGAUACCAUAGAUGGUUGUUUGGGAGGUACAGAGACAAUAAGGCUACAUCAUAAGUUAGGUAGUACUCAGAAAAGGGUGCAUAGUCUCAACAUCGUGACACUCAGAGGAUGUGGCAAAGGAGAGAGAGAGAGGGAGGGAGAGAGACAGGGAGAGG